GGUGAGCUUGAAACCGGCACUCGGCGUCGCGGGAAGUCCGUUGUCUUCCUUCUUUUCGUCGCGAAUCAGGGAAGGAGAGAGGGAUCGGCUCUUCGUCGCCUUGAUUCGCGUCCUCCUGCCGGGAUCCCGACCCAAGAUCUCUAUUUUGGGGAAAAAAAGGAAGGGAUACACCAUGAAGGCGCUCAUUCUUGUUGGAGGAUUUGGCACCCGCCUCCGACCUUUGACACUCAGUUUCCCAAAGCCACUUGUUGAUUUCGCUAACAAACCGAUGAUCCUUCAUCAGAUUGAAGCUCUGAAAGAUGUUGGAGUGACUGAAGUUGUUUUGGCCAUCAAUUAUCGACCAGAGGUUAUGCUUAAUUUUCUGAAAGACUUUGAGGAUAAGCUUGGCAUCAAAAUCACCUGCUCCCAAGAGACCGAGCCACUAGGAACGGCUGGUCCCCUGGCUUUGGCCAGAGACAGGCUCAUGGAUGGUUCUGGGGAGCCCUUCUUUGUCCUUAACAGUGAUGUCAUAAGUGAAUACCCAUUUGCUGAACUGAUACAGUUCCACAAAUCCCAUGGUGGGGAGGCGACAAUAAUGGUGACCAAGGUUGAUGAGCCAUCCAAAUAUGGUGUCGUCGUCAUGGAUGAGAGUGGAAAGGUUGAUAGAUUUGUGGAGAAGCCGAAAGUGUUCGUAGGCAACAAGAUCAAUGCUGGGAUUUACUUGUUGAAUCCAUCGGUCUUGGACCGUAUCGAGCUGAGGCCAACUUCGAUCGAGAAGGAAGUUUUCCCAAAGAUUGCAGCAGACCAGAAACUCCAUGCCAUGGUCCUACCGGGUUUCUGGAUGGACAUUGGACAGCCGAAGGACUACAUCACAGGCCUACGGCUCUAUUUAGAGUCUCUGCGGAAGAAGGCCUCAUCUAAACUAGCCACUGGCUCACACAUCGUGGGGAAUGUCUUGGUUCAUGAGAAUGCCGUGAUAGGGGAGGGAUGCCUCAUCGGACCAGAUGUUGCCAUCGGUCCCGGAUGUGUGAUCGAGUCUGGAGUUAGGCUGUCAAGGUGCACAGUGAUGCGAGGUGUCCGCAUCAAGAAGCAUGCGUGCAUCUCCAGCAGCAUCAUCGGGUGGCACUCGACGGUGGGGCAGUGGGCACGGAUUGAGAACAUGACGAUCCUCGGGGAGGACGUGCAUGUUUCCGACGAAAUAUACAGCAACGGAGGUGUUGUUCUCCCGCAUAAAGAGAUCAAAUCGAGCAUCUUGAAGCCUGAGAUAGUCAUGUGAGCAGGCGAGACCUGCACGCCAGUGCUCUCGCAGCUAUAGUUGUCAGUUUGUGUCGGUUGUAUGUGAGAAAUGUCAGCCUGCGAUUCUUUUCGUUGUCGUGCCUGCAGAUACAAGUUUGUCGGGGGUGCAAAGCAGGGACUAAUGUUAUUUUCUUUCCGGACAAACUUGUCAGAUGUGUAUGUGUCUUUUCACCUCUGCUUACCCGUGUAAUAAAACAUGCAAGGGAUGAUGAAAUAAAGUGAAUUUUCUCUUGCGGCAUCAAA